AUGAUUGUACUGAAGAGAAUUGAAGACAAAGUUGAUGCUUUCACUGGUAGCACGCAGGCAGGGUACAAACAUGGUAGAAGUUGUGGUGAUCUAGUGUGGUCUGAGCGGAUGUUGAUAUCGGUUGUCACGCGUAAACACUUCCAGUAUCACAAGAUGGGCAUAGAUAUGUCUCGAGCAUUUGACACAAUCAAACGCCAGACUAUACUUGACCUUCUUGUCAAAGCUGGAUGCACAGACGACGACCUCAGGCUAGUAAGACUCCUCUUAACCAACACCAUGCUCAAGGUCAGAGUGGAAGGAGAACUAUUUGCUGUAUUCGAGAGUCUUCUUGGGUCCUUUCAAGGUGACAGUCUCUCCGGCAAGCUUUUCACUCUUGUCCUAGCAGGAGCUCUUAUAGAACUACGCCAUCGACUAGCAGAGUCUCCCCCACACAUACCCAAUCCCCCUAUUUCAAAAGAAGGUAUGCCACUGGAGUCAGCGUAUUCAGAUGAUUGUAACUUCAUGAACGUGGAAAAAGAAUCCUUAGAAGCUAUCCUACCAAUAGCUAAGGAAGUCUUCAAGGAGUUUAACCUGUUCAUUAACAUAGAGAAAACAGAAUUUACCCAUGUUUUCCUCGCUCCUGUUGGAGAAACAAUCCCUGGUCGUGAUGAUACCAUGUUACGUGGAAAUGAAGAUUGGCGGAAGAGUAAGAUUCUUGGGUCAUUGUUGUGUAGUGAAAGUGAUAUAGCUGCUCGAUGCAUUGCUGGGAACAAUGCCUUCUAUAAGUUCACCAAGAUCUGGUCUCAGCAGAAUAUCUCCGUUACCAGAAAGAUAGCAGUAUACGAAGCCCAAAUUGUAUCAAUCAUCAUGUACAAUUGCAUUAAGCUAUCAGAUCGUGUCCCUAAAGCAAGGUGGAAGCUCCUAGGUCAUAUCUUGCGUAGUGCUGAUGACUCCCCCGCUGCAUUAGCGUUAAAGUUUGCUGUCACAACAAACUGUAAAGGGCGCGUCGGUGCGCAUCGUAAGAAUUUGUUCAAGAUUAUUGUGAAUGAUUUGACCCGUAGAGGCCCAGAGCAAGGUGCUCUGGGCGACUGGGGCUGGCACGAUUUAACGAUAUGGCGACUUAACGUGAAAUUUUGA